AUGUCCGUGCAUUCGCGCACGUCCGCCCGCGUCGAUUUCGAUUAUCCAAAAAUGUCAAAAUCAACAAAAGAAUUACUAAAACUGGUCGAGAAGCGAGCAGGUGAGCAUAAUUCAGCUAGUGAAGCCUAUAAGUUAAUUCAACAAGGUGCUGAUAUUAAAACACAAAACAAAGAUGGUCAAUAUAUGAUACAACUUGCCGUUGGCUAUGAACAACGAAGUCGUCAUGCUCAGUCUUAUCAAGCCGAUAAUUGUAAACGUCUAAUUCAAGUAUUACAAAAUCGUGCAUCAGAAUUACUAAGUACAACUGCGGCAGCUAAUGGUGACGUGAACGAAAUGCGCCUCCUAGUUCAAUUAGGCGCUGAUUGUUAUCAAGCUGAACGUUGUGGUCAAUUAGGUCUUUUAGGUUAUAUAUUGAGACAAGAUCAAUAUCCAGUUGCAUUAAGUACAGUACAAUUUUUCAUUGAAAACGAUCAACAAACAAAAGAUUCUCUAACAAAAGUGAGUAGUCAAAAACAACAAACAUUGAUAACAUUAGCGAGAAAUAAUAAGCAAUGUGAACAAAAUAUUGUCGGUUAUUUACAACAACAAUUGGAUAUGAUAUUAAAUAAAAUACCAAUUACCAAUCCAACCGUUAAUGUUAAUGAAGUUGGUGAUUGGAUUCGCCAUAACGGCGCAAAUCCUGAAUUCGUUGACGAAAAUCGUAAUACUGUAUUAAGUAAUGCGGUUUUAACUAAUAAUUUGGAAUUAGUUAAAAUACUAGUUGCAGCCGGAUGUAACACGGCACAUCAAAACGCCAAUCGAUUAACGCCAUUACAAAUAGCACAAAAUACAACACCGAGAAAUGCUCAGCUUGUCGCAUUUUUAUCUACGCAAGGGAUCAAUAGUAAAUUAAAAGAUUUGGUGGUUAAACGAAAAAAUAUGUUAACGGCUGAUGAAGUUCAAGAAUUGUUAUCGAAUGGUGCGAAUAUGAAUUCAUUACAUGCAAAUAAUGAUACUCUUUUACAUUUAUUAAUUGCCAACAAAGGAACAGCUGAGCUCGUUAGUACAUUCAUUACUGAAUUUGGUUCUGAUAUUAGUGCUAUGAAUGCCAAUGGUCAUCGACCAAUUGAAACAUGUGUAUUAUAUGAUGAUAAACCCUAUUCGGUCUUACAAACAUUUUUAAAACU